AUGGAAGCAUUUGAGAAAUACCUCGAGGAGGCGACUGCCAAAGGCUCGGACAUUGUGCCUGGGGCGGUGAUGGCUGUCGUCGAUAAGGAUGGCAAAUUCAUCUACAAGAAGACCGCGGGUUACAAUGGCGUCACUGAAGAUGCGGAGCCUAUGGACUUCGAUCGAACCUUUUUCAUUGCAUCUUGCACAAAGCUCAUCACCGCUAUUGCUGCCCUGCAAAUCGUUCAACACGGUUUAGUCACGCUAGAUGAACCAGUCGAUCAGUACCUACCAGAACUGGCUUCCCAACCCAUCGUUCAGAUGGACAGCUCCGAGAUCAAAGUGCGUCCAGCCACGAAGUCCAUCACCCUGCGUCAACUUAUCACGCAUUCCAGUGGCACGACGUACGACUGGGCUUCUCCAAGUCUUUAUGCGUGGCGAGCCUCACGCGGCGAACUACCCGCUCUGAUAACCGAUGGCAACGUGGCUGAGAAGUAUGCCUAUCCACGGACAUUCGAAGCUGGAGAAGGCUGGGAAUACAGCGGUGGUUUCGAUUGGACCAGUUUACUCAUCACGCGUUUGGCCAACAUGAGCUUCGAAGAAUAUGUCGAAACCAACAUUGCAAAGCCUCUCGGUAUAACUUCGUUUACCUGGCAUCUCAAUCGCAAGCCCGCAGUGGAAGAAAAGCUGAUGCGCACGAGCACUCGGCAAGACGACGGCAGUCUCACAGAUGGCCCAACACCCUUUUGGUCUGGCGAUCCUGUUGGAGAAGGUGGUGGAGCGGGCUUGUAUGCUAAUGUGUACGACUACACGCGCGUGCUUGCCGAUCUUCUCAAACCCUCGCCUACCAUCCUCUCCAAAACCAUGGUCGACGCCAUGUUCAGCCCGUAG